AUGGAAAGCAAUACGGGCACGCAAGCCCAGAAAGAACCUGCGAAGAGAGAUGCUUUCACAGAGCUCCUCUCCCCCAAACCCAAGCAAGCGAAGCACGCGAGCAGCAACCCCUCAACCACAGCCACCCAGACGAAGAACACAUUCGGGUUUCGAGACGCCCUGGGCGCAUAUAUCACGAAACCGGAAUCCUACCCGUCCAAUGUAGUCGUAUCCUACACCGAUGACUUCGUGGUCAUCCAUGACCUAUUCCCCAAGUCUACACUGCACCUUCUCCUCCUCCCGCGCGACCCCGUGAAAAGCCGUCUGCAUCCCAUUGAAGCCCUCGAGGACGCGGAGUUCCUCAAAAGGGUCAAACAGGAAGUGAACCGGCUCCGGACGCUAGCUGCAGGCGAACUGCGACGGAAAUACGGCAAGUAUUCGGCGCAGGACAAGGAGCGACAAGAAGCGAUGAAUACCGAUCCGCCGCCGGAGACGUUGCCCGAGGGCAGAAACUGGGAGCAGGAUAUCAUGUGUGGGAUACAUGCGCACCCGUCAAUGAACCACUUGCAUGUCCAUGUUAUCUCGGUGGACCGGUACAGUGAUCGUCUGAAGCACAGGAAGCAUUACAAUAGUUUUUCUACGCCGUUUUUUAUCGAUAUUAAUGAUUUUCCUCUGGCGCAGGAUGACCCGCGGAGACACCCCGAUCGACAAGGCUAUUUGCGGAGGGACUUUAUAUGUUGGCGCUGCGGUCAGGAUUUCAAGAACCAUUUCACUGAGCUGAAAAAGCAUCUUGAGCAGGAAUUUGACGAGUGGAAGCGGCUGUGAGGCUUCUAGUUUUUCAUUAUUCUUUACAUCCCAAUGACGUAAAUGUAAAUUGUGAUUGGAUUUGUACAGAAUAUCAGGGUUUAAUUUCAUGUGUUCGUAUUCGGGCUUCCGAUGAAGCGACUGUUUGUACCCCAAACGCGGCUAUCAAAAAAAAAAAAAAAGGGGGGAAGAAAAGUGAAGCUCUGACGAGCU